UACAAGAAGCGCCGAGAGAUCAAUAUCUGUAUGGCGGUAAGAGAGGAGCGGUUUCGCGCCGUGUGAUGUGUGAUCGUUCGUGCAGCGAUUGAAAAAAAAAGAAAAUGGCAUGCGGCUUUUCUCGCUGGUGGACGAAGCAACGAAGGUGUACUUCCACGAGGUGUCCUUAUUGAACGGCGACCAAAUGCCGAGGAUCACGUUAAUGAUCCAACGAACGGUCUGACAGAAGAGCCAGCGGGAGACUUGACAGCGACAGACCGGUCGGGGAGACAACUACGUGCUUUGCAACGCGACAGCGAUUAAUAAUCACCAUGGCGAAAGAGAUGAUGAUAGUAUUUGUUUACGACACUGCAAAGUGUUGUAAAGAAGAGGAUGAUCCUGCUGAAGCAGUCAUGUAUUUUCAUCCAGCUUGGGUGUCUCUCACACAAAGACUGGCUUUGGCGGGACAGCUAAUGGGUGUGUACCAUUUCCUAGCAACAUCGUUUUCAGCACCACGCUCUAUCACAUUGCAAGGUGGAAAGUUUGUGUUGAAGAAAUUUGGGCAAUAUGUGCUGGCAGUGGGGACUGAUAGAAACAUACAUGAUUGGAUACUUGAGAGACGUGCCAACACUCUGGAAUCAUUGUUGAAAUUUUUUCACUGCGAUCUCGUAAAGAUACUAGAAUCCCUCAAUAAUGAUCGCAACAGAUUCACUGAAAAGUUGUAUCAAAUGUUUGAGACAUAUCUGCCAAUUCUUCAACACAGUGCCAAUUUAUUUUCCAGCAUUCCUGUAAUUAAACUUCCAAAGAGUGCUAGCAACAUAUUUCUGGAAGGGAUGCAAAUGUUGCAACAUUAUCAAGAGAUAAACGGCGUUUUGGGAGGAGCAUUAUUCUAUAAUAACAAGAUAGUCUCAACACAACUAGGAGCAGACUUAACAAAACAAAUUGUCAUAACUGAUCCUUAUAGGAUAAAGGCUCCUGCGGAAAGGAUAUCUACAGAAUUUCAUUUGCCGAUCGGUGUUCAAUUGUUACAAGUGUACAUAGAGCGAAAGCAGUUUGCGAAACUAAUGCAAGAGGCGAAUAACGAGCGAUAUUAUAAUUCAUGUUUGGACACCAUGACUAAGAAGAUAUUGCAUAGAAAGAACGUGUCUAAGAGCGGCCUCAAGGAACCGUUCAUCAUGUCCGCCAUGAAGCGGGAUACUUCGCGAAUAUUCACCGUCCCCGAGGAAGGCGAGCUAGAUCCCGCGAAUUAUCCGCCGGCGCUGCAAUACGUGUCAUCGGUACCGCUUGCGAUCAAUCAUGAAUCGCCGAUCAGACGCAAGCAAGAGAUCAAACCAGAGCGUCCCAAGAUUAGCGGUACCGUUGUCAAUCCGCUCACGCCCAGCGUCUGCGCGACGCCGUUAAAGGAUGUAGAUCGAGUGUUGCACGGAAAUGCCAUGCUCAUCUGCUCAUCCGAGAGCGGCGGCGAGACUGACGAACAUCGAAGCUCGUCGAAAAGCAACGACGACGAUGAUAUUCCUGAUGUCGUCAAAGAAGCGCUCAGAUGCAAACGUCUGAAUAAACUGAAAAACGCUACCUCGAAGAAAAAACUGAUGAAGAGAAAGGAUCCCGACCGGAAGAGUAUAAGUUUGCCGGACCUGACAUCAUCAGUUAAACCGCGCUUGAAUAGUAUUCCUAGAACUUAUCGACCGGAGCUGGACAAAAUAUUGUGCAAAUUCAACGAAGCUUCACCGGAUGACUGCGAUCCGAAUUCACCCCGGCGGAAGCUCACCGGAAACGAUAAGCGAUACUCGCGCACCAUAACUGAUCCCUGUUAUCCCGUCUUUCGAUGCGACGGUCUCCCGGUAUCGCAAUCAUUGUACGAGCAAUACAUCGCUUCGCACUGCGAGGAACUGCGCGAUGACGGUGGAGACAAUGGUAUUCAUGGGCGUUGCAAUGACAAUGACAAUCUGCAAUCGAGGAAUCUAUCGAGCAACUUGAUGAGCGCAAAAUUGUCGAUAAAUAGCAGCUCGAGCUCGAUCACAAGAGAUGCUGGCGAAGAACGCAAACCUGGCUAUGACAAAAGCAAACAGGAGACAUACAAGAGAUCGAUGAGUCUACCGCUGAAGCCGCUCAACGUUGUCGCCGAGGUGCAAAACGGCGACGAUCGGCGAAAAUCGACGUCAGAAUGUGGCGGCAACUCGUAUGAUUUCCCGCAGAGGCGGAAGCUGGACGGUCUACAAUUAACACCGCUGAUGUCGAAGCUGAGCUUGUUGGCAGACGAACGAACCAGCGGCUUUUGCAGUCGCGAUACCACGCCAAGCGAAUUUCGCGAUCUUUCCGGAUUUUCUGGCGGUGCAGCCACAACUAUCACCACAACAACGACAAUGAAUCAUUUGAUGAGACAGAAACUGGAAUCGGUCGAAAAGGAGGCCAGCGAGGGCGAAGAUGAGCUGGACGAGGACUGGGUCAACAAGAACGAUCCUGCCGUCUGCCUCGAGAAGACCGAACUUUUCCUAUGUGGCUAUCAAAAUAUGGUGUUGGUGCUAUUAAUGGAAAAUGGUACUGCGAACAAUCCGGAUUUAAUACAUGCUUUGGUAAGUGUGAAAAUUGCACAUAUUACGAAAUUUAUUAGAUUUAGGGAUGAAAAACCUGAAUUGGCACUUUCUUAA